AUGGCCAUGACCCGACUAAUGCUGCUGCUGCAAGUGGGCUUCGUUAUUGGGUCCAGCUUCGGGUACAUGCAGUGGUCGCAGCGAGACCGAGGGAUGGCGGGCAAACAGCCUCUCCGCAAGCCCCCCGACCGGUGGGGUGUCCGGUGGAACCGGGACGUUGAUGACCAGCAGCGUCCAAGUGUCGUCACGGAGUUCCUGCAGACGGGAGACUCCUCAGCGCUGCGCCACGCUAACUGCUCAGGCAGGUACGAGCUGAGUGGGCAGCGCGGCCGAUCCCGGACGAGCCCCCACCGGGCUGUGCAUGGCGCGCUGGAUGCUGUCACUCAUGCGUCCACUUUCCUCAGCGCUUUACUCCGGGCCAACGGCACACGUGAGCAGAGCCUCAGGCGGGACGUCGACUGGUACCGGGCGCUGGUCCGCAGCAUCCUGGAGGGCGACGCCAGGAUCCACCGUGCCGUUCUCGCCUUCAGCGCAGGGUCUUCUUCCUCCGCUGCCUCUGGCUCUCACGCACCCCACGUCUUCCUGCAGGCCACGCGUGCUGGAGGGGAAAUUGUCCUGCAGGACCUGUCUGCCACCCCAGCACGCCACGGUUUGCAGAACGAGACAGCCGACACAGCGUGGUACCAUGACCACCGGGGCAGAAAGAGGACCCGCUCCCACGAGCGAGGGACAAAUCGGGAUUCCGCAUCCCAUGAUGAGAAACGGGGGAAUGGGGAGAAUUAUGUCGUUGACAAAACUCAUGUUAGGUGGUCGGCUCCAUACUUGGAGUGCGAGGAUGGCAGUUUCAUCCCCAGGUGGCUUUUGACCUUGUCGGCGGGCUUCUACGGACUGAAGCCCAACCUGACCCCGGACUUCAGGGGAGUUGUUCGGGUGGAUGUCAGCCUACAGGAUGUGGAUAUCGAUCAGUGUUCCACUGAUGGCUGGUUUGCAGGAACUCACAGGUGCAACCUGACCAGUAUGGAGUGCCUGCCCAUCCCAGGUCAUGGCUUCGUGCUGGGCAAAUACAAAUGCCAGUGCAAGAGUGGCUUCUACCACCCGAACAGAGUAGCCAUCAAUGGCUUCAAGCGGAAGGCUGGGAACUCGCAGGACCUUGAGGGUCUUCCAUAUGAUGCGGAUGCCCCCAGCCACUGUCUGCCUUGCCAGGAGGGCUGUGCUUUCUGCAAAGAUGACACACCCUGUGUUGCUCACGGCGACAGCUAUCUGAGCAUCACAGUGCUGUCCUUCCAGGGCAUCUGCAUGCUGCUGGACUUCAUCAGCAUGGUGCUGGUUUAUCACUUCCGCAGGAACAAGAGCAUCAGAGCUUCAGGCCUGGUCCUGCUGGAGGCCAUCUUGUUCGGAGCCCUCCUUCUCUACUUUCCUGUGAUGGUUCUGUACUUCCAGCCCAGCGUGUUCCGCUGUAUCCUGCUGAGAUGGGUGCGCAUGCUCGGUUUUGCUACAGUGUAUGGAACAAUCACACUCAAACUGUACAGGGUGCUGAAGGUGUUCCUGUCUCGCACAGCUCAGCGGAUCCCCUACAUGACCAGCUGGAAGGUUCUGCGGUUGCUGGGGAUCAUCCUGCUGAUCGUGCUCUGGUUCCUGGUGGCCUGGACUUCAGCCGUGUGUGAGCACCCAAACCGACACCUGGCCCUGAUCUCUGUGGGCCUUACUCCAGAGGACCUGCAGUUCAGCAUGUGCCUGCUGGACCGGUGGGACUACAUGAUGGCAGUGGCUGAGUUCCUCUUCCUGUUGUGGAGUGUGUACCUGUGUUAUGCGGUGAGGACGGUACCUUCGGCCUUCCACGAGCCUCGCUACAUGGCCAUUGCGGUGUUCAACGAGCUCAUUAUCUCAGCUAUAUUUCAUGUGGUCAGAUUCACUCUUGCCCAGGAGCUGCACCCUGACUGGAUGCUUAUGCUCUUCUUCGCUCAUACGCAUUUAACAGUGACGGUGACACUAGGGCUCUUACUCAUUCCAAAGUUCCUGUUUGCGGGGACACACCUAAGAGAUGACAUUGCGACCGAGGCAUAUGAGGAUGAGUUGGACAUGGGGCGUUCUGGGUCAUAUCUGAACAGCAGCAUCACCUCUGCGUGGAGUGAGCACAGUCUGGACCCAGAGGACAUCCGGGAGGAGUUAAAGAAGCUCUAUUCUCAGCUGGAGAUCUAUAAAAGGAAAAAGAUGUUGGCCAACAAUCCACACCUUCAGAAGAAACGCAGCUCCAAGAAAGGCCUGGGACGAUCCCUCAUGAGACGCAUCACUGAGAUCCCAGAAACCAUGGGUCGCCAGCAUAGUCGUGAGGACAAAGAGUUGGGUGACCAUGGUAGUAACCGCAACAGCAUCUGUGCCCUGAGGAAGAAUCCUUUUGACCCAUCGCAUUCAGCAAAGCCUGCCAAGGAAGAGUCCCUAAAGAGCAAAGUCUUCUCCCUGAAGAAGUCUCACAGCAGCUAUGACCAUGUGCGAGACCCGAGUGAGGACUCCAGCAGCUCAGCAACUGACAAGAUGGAAGUGUCCACCACAGAGGCAUCUCUUCUUGAAACUCUGAUGGGGAAGAAACUGGUAAAGAAAAAGUCAUCUGAGAAAAUUGAUGCCACCAGUGAGUCCACUGAGUCAGUUCCCUUGGUGUGCAAGUCAGCCAGUGCUCAUAAUUUGACAGCUGACAAGAAACCCCUCCACCCUCGAACAUCUAUGCUACAGAAGUCCCUCAGCGUUAUCGCCAGUGCCAAAGAGAAGACGCUAGGCCUGACCGGAAAGACCCAGAGUGUAGAAGAUCCCAACAAGAAGGUCCAACAAAAGAAUAAAGAGGCUAAAACCCCUGUAGAGAAUGAGGAAAAGGAGGGCUAUAUGAAGAUGAUCGUCAGUCAGUCGGUGGAGUAUAAGCAGACUGCUGCCAAAGCUGGAAUAAUGAAGCAUCAGGUUAGUGGGAGCCAACCCUCCAUCUGCUCUGACCCAAAGGGCAAGGAUACUUUCGAUCUUUCUGAGGUGUGCCCCUGGGAAGUAGAAGAUUUACCCACUCCCUCAGAGAACAAGGUCCAAAAACAUGUAUCCAUUGCUCCAGAUGAGACCACAACGAUCCAUGGGAGCAGCACCAAGGCAACCAAACAACAGCAGCAGAAACAGAAAGGCACUGACCAGUCACCCUCGGUUACCCGACGGCCCAACCAGAAACCUGCAGACAGAGCAGAAAUCUGUCCCUGGGAGGAAGGUAACAAUGAAAGGCAAGGUCAGACUGAAGGGUCAAAGUCGAAUUCCAACAGUCAACCGGCAAAGUCCCAAACACUGGCAUCUGGAGACAGUACCAAAUCUCAAAGAGCAGAGGUUUGUCCAUGGGACUUUGAGGAGUUGCCAGCCAAAUCAAUAGACUCUGUCCGUUCCUCUGACCAAGACAGGCCCAAAAGCAUGUCUGCAGAGGUCAAAGGCAAAACAGGUACCACUAUGACGGAAGGGAAAAGCAAGGGAAGCACCCCUGUAGAGGGCAAAGCAAAAGAUAUUCUCUCCGAGCCCCCCAGACCUUCAGGUGGCUCACUGCAGCUUCCUUCCAAGGAAGAAAUCUGUCCAUGGGAUUAUGAAACAAUAAGCCCCACCUCUGACAAGAUGCCCAGCCCCUCUCAGGUUUCGAAAACAAAGGAGAUUCCUGGAGCAAAGAAGGGUACUACAUCUCAGAGAACAUUCCAGAAAGAGAAGGAAAAGACGAAGGGUACAGAUGACGAAAAAGCCAAAACAAAGUCUAAGGACAAGCCUACUUCGGGUAAAACAACAGAGAGACCUCUUAGUCAAGCUAAACUGGCUGAGGUUUGUCCCUGGGAUGUGGAUAGUAGUCAGGAAGCGGGUGCGGUCGAAAAGCAAAAAAGUCCAAUAGGCAAAAGCAAGCAAGCUGAUGUAUGUCCAUGGGAUUUUGAGGAUGCAGCACCAACUAAAGAAGUGAACAGAAGUACUGGUUCCUCCAUAGCAAAACAGAAAAGUGUGAAUUCUAAAGGGGGAGUUGCUGGCGGUGCCAAAAUGGCAGAUGUCUGCCCAUGGGACUUCGAUGACCAAACGUCAACAAAAAAGGCAUGACACUUGACCUACCUGGACCAGUAAAAAAUGUAGUUCUCAUUGUAUGUGCAUUGUGUCAUCUAAUAAAACCCUGGAUUACAAACUCUAGAUAUAAUUUAUGGUAACUUGGGGGAAUAAAAUCAAGUCGCACAAGCUGCCUUUCUUUCCAAUAAAUUUUUUUCCUUUGUGCUUUUUGAAAAAAAAAGAUGAAAAUGAAACAAAAAAAAAUGCAACAAAUCAUUAAGCAUUCCAGAUUCUUACAAAAUACUUGUCGAAACUUUAAAUACAAACGGUAGUUUGACAAUUAUGCAACUCUUUAUGUGCAAUGUAGAAAAACCUGCCUAUACUCAUCACUUGUAUCCCCAUUAAUUAACCAUUUGAAU